AUGGGAGCAUGCCUCACAAAACCACGGUGUUCUCAAUGUUUGGAAGACUCGGAUUUCUAUUGCCACACCUGUGAUAAAAAUUUCUGUGUCUCGUGUAAGGAGAAACAUGUGAUAGACAUAGACACUAAACACCACGAUGUAGCGAUUGGCUGUUUAAAGUAUGGCGAUCGUAUGAUACCAGAGUCAUGUGAGAGGCACCCAGAUAGGAUAUAUAAAUACUGGUGCCUGUCUUGUCAGUGUCCAAUCUGUGUCAUAUGUAAUGGUCACCGGAGUCAUGAAAAAAUUGAUUUGGUAAAAACCUUCAAGACUUGCAUACAACAACAAAGAGACAGAAUUAUUCGCAUUAGAAGAGAGAUUCUACCAUACAAUCGUGCUCUCCUGGCACAAAUUAAAUCUGAUUUUAAAAGUUGUAUUACAAAAAUAUGCAACCUCCAGUUGGAUAUGAAUUCCAGGGUCCAGAACCUGAAAGAUCAAAUAGAAACAUAUACAGUUCUUAAGAAUAUAAGUAGCUCAAAUCCCUAUUUUGUCUUGAAGUUACAGCAAAGAAGAAAUGUGACAUACAUACAUAAAUAUAUACAAAGAUAUGAAGAGUCAGAAAACAGACCAGUACAAUUCCUCUUUUUCUUAAAACUAGUCCCCGUCCCCAAGAUAAAGGACAUUCCCGCUACUUUAGCGAUAUCUCUUACUACGGAAAUGAACAUGGAGGAUAUUGCAGUGCUGUUUGGAAAAAUUAAGAUCAAAGAAACAGGGAAAAGAAAGGUAGGAAAUGAAGAUCUGUUUAAAGCGAUGUCUGCUGCCGUGUUACAGAAAUCGAUUAACGUGACCGAUGUGAGAGGUGGUAUUAGUCAUAUUUCCUGUGUCAUGCCAGACCGAGCCUGGGUCAAUGAUAAUAACAAUCUUAUCUUGACCAAUAGAACAGGCGAAGCUCUUUCUCUACUGACAGAUAUAUCAAGUCCGUAUGGCAUACACACAGUGACAAGACACGGAGCGAUUUGGUACGACAAAAGCGAACAGAGAUAUACAGAGGCUAAUAUAACCCGAUACAACAGCAAAGGACAACAACUCCAAAUCAUCCAGCACAACAACAAGGGUGAGAACCUGUAUAGCGAUCCUAUAUACAUCACGGAAAACAGGAAUGGAGAUGUUAUUGUAUCUGACAUGUUCCGUCGUACAGUAGUUGUGACAGACUGUGAAGGAGGAUAUCGCUUCUCCUACAGAGGGUCACCAUCAAAUUCAGGAUUCUUUGUACCGAAUGGAAUCUGUACAGAUGCGCUGUCAAACAUUCUAGUGUGUGAUGGAUACUCGAAAACCGUACAAAUGAUUGACAAAGAUGGUUGCUUUCUGUCACUGCUACUGACAGAACAAAAUGGGAUAAACAGACCCGGAGGGCUAUGCUAUGAUGAUAAAACUCACCUUCUUUGGGUCGGGUCGUGGUGGGACAACACAGUGUGUGUAUAUAGAUACAUACAGUCAAAGGAUUUCCUAAUUAGCAGUUUUGAUUAA